AUGGCCGACGACGACCCCCACGACGCCGCGGCCUCCUCCUCCUCCGCCGGCGGCGACGAAGACGACGAGGGCACCGACACCGAUGCCUCCAACUCCGACCCCGCCAAUCCCCAGGGCCAGGAUCCUCUACCCUUCCCCGACGCAGCUUCGGUCCCACCUCACCCUCUCGCUCCCUCCCCCGAGCCCGCCGGCGCAAUUCCGCAGCCGCAGCCGCAGGGUCCGCCCGCGGGCGCCUCGGCCGCGGACGACUCGCGGCGGCUGUUCCAGCGGCUGUGGACGGACGAGGAGGAGCUCCUCAUCCUGCGCGGCUUCCUCGACUUCACGGCGCGCCGGGGCACCACGUUCGCGUCGCACCAGUACGACACGGGCCCCUUCUACGAGGAGAUCCGCCGCCUCCUCUCCUUCGACUUCACCAAGAGCCAGCUCAUCGAGAAGCUGCGCCGCCUCAAGAAGAAGUACCGCGUCUGCGCCGCACGCGUCGCGGCGCAGGGCGCCGCGUUCGCGUUCCGGAGCGCGCACGAGGGCGCCAUCUACGACGUCGCGCGGCACAUCUGGCGCCCCGCGUUCAGGCGCGGCGAAGGCGGCGGUGCGGCCGACGCCUCGGACGAGGACGACAUCAACCCCGUGGCCGCCGCUGCGAUGGAGGAUGGCGGGAGCGCGUCCACGCCCACGGCGAGGGGCAGGGGAGGCCGGCGCGUUCGGAGGAGGACGGCGCAAGAGCUGGAGGCCCCCGCAUUGCCAGCCACGUCCGCGCUGAUGCUAACUGAUGCGGCUGAGGACCGGCUUGUUGCUGCCACCGAGAAUUUAGCGCCGGCAAUUGCUCCGCCACCUCCUUUGCAAGUGCCAACUGUAUCACCAGCGGCGGCGACCCCUUCGCCCAUGCCAGUGAGCACCGGUGGCGCCACCGAGGAGGCUAUCAGGAGUAUCAUGUCACCGUUACUGAAGGAGUUCAUCAGCUCUGUCACCGUCGCUGGACAGACUGGAUUCGGAUUGGGGCUUGGCACAGGAUUGGGCAGCAUUGGGGGCUUCGACAUUCUUGGUCUUGGUUUAGGGGUUGCUGGCCCAAAUCCUGGAAUGCCCAGUGAUGAUAAGUGGAGGCAGCAGCAAAUUCUGGAGCUUGAGGUUUAUCUGAAGAGGAUUGAACUUGUGCGGGAACAGGUUACCGCUGCUUUACAAGACCUCAGGUCAUCAGAAGGUUGA